AUGAGCUCGCCCCGAGAAACCGAUAUGAUAUGCGACGAAUUAGUUGGAUCCCUAUGUAGCAGUGAACCAGAGGAGAUCAUUAAGCCACCUCAACGUGCAUCAUCCUGGCGAAAUGCUGUCCGGCGCAACCGUCAAGCCAAUCUUGGCUACACCGAUCAUUUCCAUGCUCUGCAGGAGCUCGGAAAGGCUAAACGGUCUCAGCCCCUCUUCAGAACCGCAGCACCGAAUUCUGCUGGCGGGAAAAAACUUCAACUAACUUUGGUAUCCGGGGACAACUCUCACACCAGUGAUCCUGUCGGAGAUGCUAAGUCGAACAGCUACACGCGCAUAUCUGAGAGAAGGCAGUUGAGGUAUAAUGAGGCUCAGUCGAGAGGACGAUCACUGUUUGUUGAGAGCUCAGGAGACAGGCGAGCACUGAAAGUGAUGGAUUCUCUUGAGAAAACAAGAUCAUGGGCACAACAAACACAGGGAUUAUUUUCGCAAAAAAAUCUUUCUCAAAAUUCUGCAAAUAAUCCUACCGCAGUUACGUCAAAGGAAAGCCGAGAGGCUCUUACUCGCAUGAGCAGCGGCUAUGCAUCGGAAGAUGUCAAUCAAGUUACCAGUUUAAAUAAUCAAUUCGAAGUUCUCUCGACAGAAAGUAAUCAGAACGAAAAAUCGGAAAAGUCGUUUUCUCGAAAGUCCACAUUUUCGAUGUCAGUCAAUGCAAUUGAGAAUCAACUUCCACCACGUUUGCGUCAUUCUCUACAAGCGCGACUUAAGCGUUCUCGAACAGUGCAUUGGACAGGUCAGGUUUCGUGCGUACCCGGUGUCGAGAUCAGGGGUGCUCUGGAGGCGCUAACCUCAAGGGAAUGGGAGAACCAGCACGAUGCUUUGCAUUUCUUGAACUUUUUCUUCAGAGCCAACUUACAUGCAAAGCGUCACAAUCUUGGCAGCUGGUCAUUGGAACAAAUCCAACGUCUCUGCAGCGGUCUUGUCUUCGCUGCAUCCAAUCUGCGGUCACAGGUGUCCAGGAUGGCCAUAGGAGCCAUAAAGUCGACAGUGAAGUUACUGACAAUGGAGCAGCUGGAAUUAGUGACGCGAUGUCUUUUCUUCGGUCUGGUGAGUCGAGUGAGUGGUGAUGCCAGCACCACAUUCCUGCGCAAUGAAGCGUGCGAGGCGAUCGAUGUGCUGGUUGAGCGGGCGCCUGCACUUUUACUUCUCUCCUGUCUUAACGAUGCCUGCCACAGCACCCCAUCACGCAGUCUCCUAGGUCGGCGGUGUCUCGCACGCUGCUACGCCGCCGUUCUACAUCGAAUCCUGAGUCCCAGCAAUUGUCCAUCUAAAGUCGUCCAGCACUCCCUCCUGACACGCAAACAUCAGGACAUAUUCAAUCGGAUGCUUCCCCAUCUAGCCUCUUUCCUUCGUAAUGGCGACUCCGAAACCAGGAGAACUGGGGAAAAAGUUCUUCGAGUUUUGAUAACAAUUCAUGACCUUGAAGCACACCUCAAAUCUGUAUUGGAUGACCGCGAUCGUGGAACGUUCGCAGAAGCGAUAGGAAAGUUAUUGAAACGCAAGGGCAUUUCCUCUAUGACUCGUUCAUUCUCGACUCUGGGAACACCACGCAGACCUACCCCUAGUUGCGUUGCACAUGGACGUUCUGGACGUCGACCGUUCGCCAAACGCGCUUCGACACCUCCACUUUCCUCCACUCAUGUGCAUAUGCACCUAAAUGAGCUUGCACAACGCAAAUGCUCCAAUGAUAGUGGCCAAACCGCAAUGUUGCGGUUAGGCGGGCAGGAGCGCUUCUUCAGUCUUCUCAAACUCGGAGCGCAAAUUAACGACCCUGCCAUCUCAAUCAGACUCUCAACCUCAGAGGUAGUUGGUCUAGUAUUGCCAAUGCUGAGGGACGCAAACGAAGAAAUUGUCGUCGCAGCCUUAAAGCUGUGCCUGGAUUCGAGGCAGCUGGAUUCGCAAAACGUCCAUUGCGAUCACGACGGGGACAAAUUUUGUCCGGGCCUGCUUUCCCUUCUGUGCGAGCGAGAGGAUACCGAGGGCUUUACAAAUGUUUUGGCACUCAUUUACCACCAGCUUCAUAGUAAAUUUACUGGUGUGUCGCAGUUAUCACGCAAAUGCCUUAACGAGACUCGGCGUAUACUAGGUGCCGAAGCGUUGGUUAAACCCCUACUGAAAGCUAUCUACUUGAGCACGUCUGACACUGUGAGCCUAGUCCACGAGCUGUGCGACAUCACAUCAGAUCUCGACAUAGGAUCACCAGUGAUUACACGCCACCUGAUACCUGCAGCCGUUCAGAUGCUACAUCGGUGCCAUCCAGUGACAGAGGUAGGUCGACGGCAAUGCAAAGGAGCAGACGCCACCGAAUAUGCCGCCGUCGUCACUCUCAUCAAGUGCCUCGCCAAUCUGGCAGGAAUAGAUGCGCUUUACAUCGCUGCGACCAAGGAGGGUCUUGACAGCGAAGUUUUCCACCACCUUCUGGUCCCAGUAUGA